AACGCCGCGCGGGAACAAAACAGGAAGAUGAUACAGCAAAAUGGCGUUUGAUAAACACAUUGUUGUGUUUUUUCUCGUUUUCUGUUCCUAAUCUGUGCGUACGUGUAUCCUUAUGUGUUGUGUAACGGAGUAAACAGCGUUAAUAAUUGUUUACAUGCGGAUACAUAAGUCUGAGCGCACUUUGACGCUUCUCGUGCUAGUUAGCUUAGCUUGUUAGCUGCUAACAAAGAGACGCAGAAGUUAUCAACACGUCGCUAAGCAGAGAUCAAGUUUAAGUGUAAAGUGUUGGGAUUGUGUGAAAAUGUGCGAAAGAACGACAGCAAAGUACGAGGAGGAACUUUCCCCAACAAAAGAGGAGAAGGAGCGACAACAUCAACUACUGGACGCAGUUUUCAAGAAAGUUGUGUCACACAGAACAGAUGUCUGUAAAGAACAUCUUCUCCCUGAGCAGCAGGAGUGGACCUGCCGGAUGGAGCAGGGAAAACCACAACCCCGCCACUUUAAAGAGGAGGAGGAGGAGGAGGGGUCACAGCCUCCUCACAUUAAAGAGGAAGAGGCGGAGAAACAGACCCCUCACAUUAAAGAGGAAGAGGAGGAAUACUGCAUCACUCAAGAAGGAGAGCAUAAUAAUGGACUGGAGGAGGUUGAUGUCACCAAGAUGCCAUUGACUGUUGUCACUGUGAAGAGUGAAGGUGAGGUCAAAAGUGAAAGUAAAGAGAAAAGAAAGGUGGAGCCUUCAAGCAGCAGCUCAAUUCAACACAUGAAAACAGAAGCUGAUGAAGACCACUGUGGAGGAUCACAAGCAGACAAGCUCUUAGCUCCACUGUCAGAUAGUGAGGACACAACGUCACACUCUCCUGACACUGAUGAUGACAUGUCAUGUCACGCUGACAUCACACACUAUAAAUGCUCUCACUGUGGCAAAACUUUCAAAUAUCAUUGUCAUUUAAAAAUACACAUCAGAACACACACCGGGGACAAACCAUUCGUGUGCUCAUUUUGUAGUAAAAGCUAUUCCCGUAAGGAACAAUUGAAAAUUCACAUAAGAACACACACUGGUGAAAAACCUUAUUCUUGUUCAAGUUGCAACAAAAGCUUCGGAGAAAGGACAAAGCUUGUACUCCACAUGAGAACGCACACCGGUGAAAAACCGUACAUGUGCUCAAUUUGCGGUAAAAGAUUCUCUCAAAAGCAACAUUUGAAAGCCCACACAAGAAAAAGCACUGCUGAAAAAACAUGUUCAUCCUCAACCCACAGUAAACAAAUAACACAAAAUACUGAUUUGAAACCAUAUAUGACUCCACACACUGGACACAAACCAUUCAUGUGCAUAAUUUGUAAGAAAAGAUUCUCCCGAAAGCAACAAUUGGAAAUUCACCAUAGAACACACACUGGUGAAAAACCAUAUUCCUGUUCCAACUGCUGGAAAAGCUUUGGAGAAAAAGCCAAACUCAUAUUACAUAUGAGAACGCACACUGGAGAAAAACCAUAUUCCUGUUCAUGCUGCAACAAAAGCUAUGCCGACCGAUCAGCGCUUGUAAAACACAUGACUCGGCGCACCGGUGAAAAACCUGUUAUCUGUCCGGUCUGCGGUAAAGGUUUUGAACGAAGUGAAUAUUUGAAAGAACACAUGAAAAUGCACGCUGAGAAAGUGUUGAGUUGCAGUGCGUGUGCUGAAAUAUUCCCUUGUAAAUAUCAAUGUAACAAACACAAGUGUGCUGGUGAGAACAGCAGCAGCAAAUGAAGCUGCAGAAUUUGGAAUAAAUGGUCCAUACUUUCAUUUUGUAACAUCAUCACCACAUAUAACAUGUGACAUCAUUGUCGUGUGUGACGAUCCAUCCAUCCAUCCAUCAUCUUCCGCUUAUCCGAGGUCGGGUCGCGGGGGCAGCAGCCUAAGCAGGGAAGCCCAGACUUCCCUAUCUCUAGCCACUUCGUCUAGCUCUUCCCGGGGGAUCCCGAGGCGUUCCCAGGCCAGCCGGGAGACAUAGUCUUUCCAACGUGUCCUGGGUCUUCCCCGUGGCCUCCUACCAGCUGGACGUGCCCUAAACACAUCCCUAGGGAGGCGUUCGGGUGGCAUCCUGACCAGAUGCCCGAACCACCUCAUCUGGCUCCUCUCGAUGUGGAGGAGCAGCGGCUUUACGUUGAGCUCCUCCCGGAUGGCAGAGCUUC